UCACACCCACACCAACAUCCAACCUUCUAAAAACAGACAACCAUUCCUUCCAUACGGAAAUGUAGGCUCUAUCGCGAGGCGCACAGCCAAGCCCCCUCCAGUGGACCCAGCCUCGCCCGCCUCACCAAUAGUAACCGUCCAAACCCUCCACCACAGCCUCGGCGCAUGCACACAGCAGUGCGCCACCACCAGCCAGUCUCUCGUCAUGCAUCGCCUUGCUUACCUUCAAGUACAUGUGCGCCCGCCGCGGUCUCGCGGCAUUUCUCCGUUUCUCCAUUCUUGCAUCGCCUCCCGUGAGUACUCACGCCGCUUCUGAUGCCUGUGUUCGCGCCGCGCGCAGCCGACGUGCAGUAUGCGCCUGUCAGCGCGCAGGAGACCCUGGGAGAGACCGGGGCGCACGCAGCGAGCGGUGCAGACAGUGUGAGCGCAGAGUCCAGUGACCAUGGGGCGCACAGCGAAGAACCUGCUUCGGGGGUGCGCAACGCAGGGUCCCGCGCUGCGUACAAAGGGCCCGAGAUUGUUGGGUGGCCUGGGGCACCGGCGAAGCUGAGCGGGUUUUCGGUGCCGCUGUUUGUGGGGGAUGUGUUGCUUGUGCUGCUUCCGAUUGCGUUUCUAGUGUUGGGGAUAGCGGCGUGGCGGCUUGAUGGCAAGGGCUUGUCGGAAAUGGGAGCCACUGUUGAACGAGCGAUGCAGCUUGGUCCUACUAUCUAUCCUCUUGCUUUUGCGGCGAUUGGGAGUCGCUGUCUUAGGAAUGUGGCUGUUCGACUUGCAGAGCGUGGUACUACUAUAGCAACACUCGAGAAGCUCUUGGGUAGUCAAAGCCUAGUGUCCGCAGUCGGGACAGCUUUUACUCUUCGAUCUGUCAGCUUACUGUCCCUCAGCCUCUUGUCACUUUGGGCCUUGUCGCCCUUGGGUGGACAGAGUUCGCUACGACUGAUUCACCAAGUAAACUCGACGAUAUCCGAACCAGGCACUGUCUUCUUCUCUGGCCAUGAUGCUCCGUUCGACCCGGACGAAACUGGGCCAACGCUACCCAUCGUUCCUGCGAUUCUCUCCGCGAGUCUUGCUUCAUCGCAAGAGACAAAGGCCUUGCCAGUUGAUCUAUGGAACCACCCAAAGAUUCCCAGACUCGAUGCUAUCGAACGUCUCGCCAUGACCGGCAUGACUGAUACAGGCGAAUGGAUUGAAGUCGAUGCCGCAGCAGAACAGCAGUACUCCUCAUGGGCUGGAGUCAAUGUGCAGAACCUACAACGGACUGGAAACGUCGACUUCCAAGUUCCCUAUAACUACAUCCAUCUCGAAUGCGAGGUGUUGUUUAGCGGAGCGGCUUACACAGUGUGGGAGGAUAUGUUAGACGCCAAGUUAGCAAUGAGCCCUGCUAUAGCUACUAAGCUGCCUGGGAACAACAGGAGCUCUCCUGAAACUGAGGCUUACGCGGCUCUAGCAACCAGAGAUAACUUACCUGCAUUGCCGAUGUUCCUGAAGGUCGCCUACCCAUCCAACACCACCCAUAGGGACAGAGCCAAAACACCCGAUGCCGGAUUCGUGCCUGAGAAUCAACCCAUCAGUCUGCUCUACGGUGCAAAAUAUGCAAACAGUACGGGAUCAAACGAAGUCACCCAGGUCUAUACAUGUGCGCCCCACGUAGUCACGCUGGAUGCACGCAUCACCUGCCAGGCCGGCAACUGCGCCGCCACCCAGCUCCGCUACGUGCCCGGGCCCUCUCGACGCGAGCUAGAAACGACCUGCCGCACGCGGUACACCAUUGGCUGCCUGGCCUUCGCCACCGCCGCAACGCGCCCGUUCAUCCGCUGGCUGCCCCAGAUGCUCGACUCGCCCAUCACCAGCAAACGCAGCCCCUUCGACGACUGGAUCGGCGGCGCCAACGUCACCUACCCGGGCUACACCGACGACCUCAAGAGCGGGCCGCGCGUCGCCGACGCCAUCCCCGCCGCGCGCAUCGCCCGCCGCCUGACCGCCGUGCUCAACACCUUCUUCCAGGCCGUCGUGUGGGGCCCGCAGAUCACGCGCGCGGGGCUGUUCGACGCCCCGCAGCCCGUCGACGACAACGCGUACUCGUAUCUAUACCAGGCGGCGCCGGAGCGCUACAUCAACGCCACGGACGCCGUGUUCUCGCGCGCCGUGCUGGUGUACGACGCGAAUGGGGGCUGGAUCGCGACGCUGCUUGUCAUCACCGCCGUGCUGCUCCUGCUCAGCAUCGCCAACAUAGUCAUCUCGUUCCUGACCAUUGCGCCGGAUCUGUUCUACUAUGCGUCGUCGCUGGCGCGCGAGAACCCGUACACGGAUACGCCGACGGGGGGGACGGCGAUGAAUGGCGGCGAGCGGAGUCGGUUGCUGAAGGCGAUGAGGGUGCAGAUUGCGGACGUGAGUCCGGAGAGUCAGGUUGGAUAUGUGGUUCUGAAGAGUGUGGGGGAGGGCGACGACUUUGCGACUGGGCGGCUGCGGAAGGAUAGACUGUACUGGUGAAAACCGGGCCUUCAAGACAGGCAGUAAAUUCGAAAGCCAUGCAUCG